CUGCGCUUCCUUCUUUCCACAGUAGUACUAGAGAAAGAACGAUAAUAGUUCGUGAUGGCUUAACUGAACUGAUGACCAGUUAUCAAUGACAGCGUCAUUAUGCUUACCUAUAUCUUUUACAGACCCCUUCUUUAAAUCAUUUUUUUGGACUUAAGGCUUGUGGAAGUAAUAUAACAAACUAGCCAUGCAAUUCUCUCCCACCAACGGAGAUUUCACUUUCGUCUCAUCGACAGAGGCAGAAGAUUUCAGUGGCACCAUCAGUGCCCCAGACGUUAAACUCACCAUGAGCAGUGACAGUGGUAAAAAUCCAUAUGCUACCACCUUUCUGAGGCAGCGAGGCUACGGCUGGCUUCUGGAGGUUGAAGAAGAGGAUAAUGAAGAGAAUAAGCCUCUUCUAGAGGAGCUAGACAUUGACCUGAGGGACAUCUAUUACAAGAUUCGUUGUGUAUUGAUGCCAGUGCCAUCACUGGGAUACAACCGGCAGGUGGUCAGAGAUAACCCAGACUUCUGGGGCCCUCUGGCUGUGGUACUGCUGUUCUCCAUGAUUUCCAUUUAUGGACAGUUCAGGGUUGUGUCUUGGAUUAUCACCAUCUGGAUAUUCGGAUCACUAACAAUCUUUCUCCUGGCUCGUGUUCUCGGAGGUGAAGUUUCUUAUGGCCAGGUUCUGGGAGUAAUUGGAUAUUCUCUUCUUCCUCUGAUCGUUAUAGCCCCCCUGCUCUUAGUGAUUGGGGGGUUUGAAGUGGUCUCUACCCUAAUCAAACUGUUCGGAGUUUUCUGGGCUGCUUACAGUGCUGCUUCGCUGCUUGCUGGAGAUGAAUUCAAAACAAAGAAGCCCCUUCUCAUAUAUCCCAUUUUUCUUUUGUAUAUCUACUUCUUGUCGCUAUAUACUGGUGUGUGACGGGAUGGGCUGAAACUCUGGACCGUUUCAAUGGACAAUGAAACUCAAACUACAAAUCAAACUACAGAAUCAGGAUUUUUUUCAGAAGGUGUCUAUUUCAUUUUCUAACUCUGUUGAAUUGUACACACUGUGGAUAUAGGGAAUAUAUAUAUAUAUAUAUAUAUAUAUACACACACACACACACACACACACACACACACACAUAUAUGUAUAUAUGUAUAUAUGUAUAUAUGUUUGUGUUUGUGUAUGUAUGUAUACGUGUGUAUAUAUGUAUAUGUAUGUAUAUAGUUUUGUCCCCUAUGUUAGCCAAUAAAUUGCAUAUACUCUCACAGCUCAAACAA